CAACUCCAGAUAGACCGACUGUGUGCCGUUCGAAAUAACGAAACAGCUUUGAUCGGACUGGGGUCGAUCUCGGAGGUGUGACUGAAGCCUGAUUUGACCUUCUCUUCAUCGUAGUUUCAUAGCUCUGUAUCUAACUUCAAUAAGUAUACAUGUACACAUAUCUCUCGUUAACAUAAUGAUGGUAGCUCAACGGUCAAGCGAAAAAAAAGACGUGUUUCACAACAGAAUUCAACGUAUCGUAUCUAACUAUGCUGGCAGUUAUGGCGGACUGAUCAGAUAUGUACGACCAGAUAUGGUCUACCAUUAUUCUGGAACAAAAUGCUAACAUUUUUAGCGACAGUACAGUGAAUAUUUUCUAAGAUGGAGGGCAUUCAAGAAUCAGAAGAUAAAUGGAGAUACGUCAUCGUUUUGAGUAAAUUCGUCGUCCAGUUCGUUGAGGUAGCUACGAUGAAGUCGUUAGGAGUUUUGAUUCCAACGAUGCUAAAUGUGUUUUCCACGGACGCAUCGUCUUUGGGCCUGGCCUGUAGCAUGCCGACGGCGGUGAUGUUGUUUGGAUCCUUACCCGUGGCGUAUGUACUGAAGAGUAGUUGCGUAUCUGUUCGUAUUAUGGCGGUUAUUGGAGCUAUCAUGGCAUCGUUAGGAAUCAUCAUAUCUGGCUAUCUGACUUCGGUAACUGCUCUUGGAUUCUGUCUUGCUUUAACAGGAUUUGGACUGUCGAUGGGAUAUCUACCAACCAAGGUCUUACUCAACGAUUACUUUCAGGGAAGGUUCGUACUUAUGAACGCCAUAGGCAAUCUCGGAAGCACUGCCGGUGCAUUGAUAGUUCCGGUCAUCAUCGAGCGGGCGCUAGACGCCUAUGGAUUUAGUGGCUCCAUGCUCAUCCUCGGAGGUAUCAGCAUGCAUGCCAUUGCAGCCAGUUGUGCUCUUAGGUCUGCCAGAACGGUUAAGCGAGGUUACCGGAAAUUCACAAAGAUACAGAAACAAGGAAACGGUUGGGAAGAACCGUUAAUUGAUCCAGAUGAUGAUGGUGAUGGAGAAGACUUGAUGAUGACUACAAUGGAUGAAGAACAGCAUAGGUCAGAUGACGUUUCAUCAUCAAGAGCAACCUCGAAAAAUCGCGAAGAUCGGCGCUGGACAUUCCGAUUACAUCGUUGGCUUCGGGAUUCCAUUAUCAUCCGGGAACCACUUUUACUUAUUUCACUACCCUGUCUCUUUUUCGCAUCAUUCGUAGUACAGUCAUGGAUUCUAUUCCUUGUCCCAAGAGCGGUAUGGCACGGGAUUCCGAUAUCAAGAGCUGUCUUGUUGUCGUCUAUUGCUGGUGGAGGUGGCAUUCUAGGACGGACUUUAUGUAUUACAGUUCUCUUCUUCCAAGUUGACUUCAUAUUUGUUUUCCUGAUUGUGGGCAUCGUGUCAUCAACUACCUUCUUAUUCGAUCCGUUGAUAACAUCCUUUCCCACUAUGUGUGUCACAGCAUUCAUCCAGGGGACGUGUAUCUUCAGCUUUGGAAUAUCUUCGGCUGCCUUUCUCAAGGGGUCAGUGUCUGAUGAAAAUUUCACCGUUGCAUCAGGGAUUUUUGGUUUUAUGUACGGAGUCGGCGGGAGUGUUGGAAGCCUACUUUCGGGUCUGAUCAUGGAUAAAACUGGAUCUUACACAGCAGUAUUUCUAAUUCUUGGCGCCAUUAACUGUUUAAUCGUCAUCCUCACCUUUGCAUUCUUGAUUGCUCGACGGAGACGGGCUGUAGCUCGUAAAUAAAAGAGAACAUCCAGACAAAUCAAGAAUUUGAUCAUAAUUAUCUUCGACUACUGUCAAAUCAUCAUGGCAAAUCAUGAACUCAUUCCAUGUAUGUGUGGUAAGAGAAGAUGGUGCUAAACUUCUCUGUCCUUCAGUAUAUGAGACGGGUAGCAAAUGUUAGUCAAAUCAUAAUAAAUAGUUGUGAGGUCUUUGUCAAAAAUUGGCGAAUCGGAUCAGCAGUUCCUUCCUCCGUUUCGGAGCUGACGGAAAAUUGUAAAUAUGUCGUUUGUUCAUGCAGAAUCCGGGACGAAACUGCUUUUUGAUUCACCAAUUUUCGACAAAGUCUUCUUGCUUUCUCUUUGUAUUGAAGGGCAGUUGACAAUACAUUCUUUAUGUGCUCCAAAUCGUUCUGCGUCACAGUUGCAAAAAUUACAUACUAUGUAAUAGAAUACCGAAGCGAUGACGUCAGUUGCCAGGGUACCAUGGCGGCCUGGUUCUAAACAAAUGAACCCGCCCAAUGAAAGCGUGUUUCUCAUAGAAGAAAAUGGCUGCUAUCGGAAUUGAUCGCUUACAACCUAUUUUUCAGACGAGCAAAAGUCAUUUGCAAAUGUGUACAGACGAUCGUCGGCUGAUCAUGGUAACUGAUGUCACACUUUGGUACUCUUAUAAGGAAGAAACACUGCGUCCACCUAUCCAGCAUAAUUUUGUCAAUAUCUUCAAUCAAUAAUUCAUCAUGUUUAACAUGUCUUAAAAAUGUGGUAUAAUCAGGAUAAUGGAGAUCACAUUUUUUGUUGCAUAUGCUAUGAUUGAAUUUUAUUUCAAUAAACGAAGGUGAUGAUUCCAGAGAGAGAACUUGUCGUCAGAUUUUUUUCUUUAAUGACGAUAUUUGACAUAAAAUGAUCAUUUAGGAGUCAUUCAAAAGAUAAGGAUGAUAAAAUAUGAAUUCACAUUAGACAAAGUAAUCGAUGUGUAUGAGCCUAUCGUACAUUUUCAAUAUAUUUUCGUGGAACCUCUUUCAAAGGAGUAUGUAAUUAUUGCCUAAAGAGAAUUCAGACAAUAACAAUUUAUUUAUAUGGAAUUAAAAGAGAAAACAAUAAAUUUCAGUAGAAUGA